CAAUACAACAUCCCUGUGGGUAUAUUGACAAAUAUUUAGGUAAUCUACUUCAAGGAAAACAAGUCCACAUAACCUAUACUUUUCUCGGUUUUAAGUUAAAUUUCCUUAUCUUUUUAACAAUUCGGUGAUAAAAAUAGUCUGAUACUACUAGAACAGUAAAAUUGGUGCUCUAACUGUAAACUGGCAAGGCAUGUUACGAUGCGGCGUAUUACUAAAAAUGUGUUACUGUUUAUGUUUGGUUGUAUUUGCAUUGCAUUAUACUGUGAAUUCGGCAUAUAUUACGUGGUUAUAGCACAGUGUAGCUGGCCAGAAUUGUUGGGUGGUUCUGAAGAAACAACUUUAAAAGCAUUUAUGUUGGCUGAUACACAUUUACUUGGACCCUGGAGAGGUCAUUGGCUUGAUAAGAUGAGGCGUGAAUGGCAAAUGAACCGCGCCUUUCAAACCAUAGUUCAUGUUCAUCGCCCAGAAAUUAUUUUCCUUUUAGGGGAUCUUUUUGAUGAGGGUGAAUGGACUAACAGAGAUCAAUUUGAAGAUUAUGUGACAAGAUUCCGAAAACUAUUUGCAGUGCCAGAAGAUAUUAAGUUAUAUGUAACUGUUGGGAACCAUGACAUCGGAUUCCACAAUAACAUUAGGCGAGGCUCUAUUGAAAGAUUUAACAAGGCUUUCAACACUACAUCAGUUCAACUUGUAACAAUAAAAGGAAAUCACUUUGUAUUGAUAAAUUCAAUGGCAAUGGAAGGAGAUUAUUGCAGUCUAUGCACAGAUGCAAGAAGUAGAAUAGAAUCAAUAUCAGAAAUACUGCAAUGUUCCGAAAAUCCUACUAAAUGUACAUCUAAAAGUAAAAAGUACAUUAAACGUAAUAAACACAAUUAUAGUCGACCCAUAUUAUUGCAGCAUUUUCCGCUCUUUAGGAAGUCCGAUGCUGUAUGCACAGAACCCGAUGCACCGCCCCUCCCGGAACGAAAUAAACCAUUCCGGUUAAAGAUUGAUGCAUUAUCUAAGGACGCAACGGAUUAUCUUGUCUCCAAACUAAAGCCACGUGCUGUAUUUGGAGGACACACACACCAUGGAUGUUUGCUUCAUCACAACUAUAAACUAAGCGACUCUAUUGAAUUUUCUGAAUACUCAAUACCAUCAUUUUCAUGGCGGAAUAGACCAGAUCCGAAGUAUAUGCUGGUGAAAAUAUCGCCAGAAAAUUACGCUGUAAAUAAAUGUGAAUUGCCAAAAGAAACAACAAUUGCAUUUACGGCUAUUGUUUCGUUAAUAUUAUUCUCGUGUUACCUUGUGAGGAGAAGGCACAUUGAUGACUUAUUUUGAUUGGUCAGAGGAUCUACAUCGAAAAACGAAAUCCGUACGUUUUAUUACUACGAAGUGUUCGGAUCCGAUGAUGUAUUUCGACGACUGAUCUGAUCCGUUCAUUGCAAUAUUGCAGAUAUGAAGGGUUUCGCCAUCACUUUUUAAAACCAUCUGCGAGAAUACAGUUCCACUGCUUAUGCAAAAAAAAAAAAAGGGUAAUUGAUCUCAUCACUAAGUUAAGCUACAGAAGGGUGACGGAUCCGAAGUAAUUUGAUAGUAAAGUUAAAUCCGAA